GUAAUCCUCCUGCCCCCACCCUGGCUGGCCCAGCAGGCCCAGCAGGCCCAGUCGCCAAAGCGCAGGCACUGGGCACCCAGGGAGCGGAGGGCAGUGGGGUGGGGGAGCAGGAGAGGACGGAGCUGCCGGGGACGCCAUGGAGCCACCCUCACCCCAGGACGAGGGCCUGAGGAAGAAGCCGCCAAAGAAGCCUGUCCCGGAGGUUCUGCCGAGGCCGCCCCGGGCCCUGCUCUGCCUGACGCUGCAGAACCCGCUGAGGAAGGCCUGCAUCAGUGUCGUGGAGUGGAAACCCUUCGAGAUGAUCAUCUUACUCACCAUCUUUGCCAACUGUGUGGCCCUGGCUGUAUACCUGCCAAUGCCCGAGGACGACAACAACACUCUGAACCUCAGCCUGGAGAAACUGGAGUAUUUCUUCCUCAUCAUCUUCUCGAUCGAAGCCGCCAUGAAGAUCAUCGCCUACGGCUUCCUGUUCCACCAGGACGCCUACCUGCGCAGCGGCUGGAACGUGCUGGACUUCACCAUCGUCUUUCUGGGGGUCUUCACCGUGAUCCUGGAGCAGGUGAACGUCAUCCAGAGCAACACAGCCCCCAUGAGCAGCAAGGGAGCCGGCCUGGACGUCAAGGCCCUGAGGGCCUUCCGCGUGCUCAGACCCCUCCGCCUGGUGUCGGGGGUGCCCAGCCUGCAGGUGGUCCUCAACUCCAUCUUCAAGGCCAUGCUCCCCCUGUUCCACAUCGCCCUGCUCGUCCUCUUCAUGGUCAUCAUCUACGCCAUCAUCGGGCUGGAGCUCUUCAAGGGCAAGAUGCACAAGACCUGUUACUUCACUGGGACAGACAUCGUGGCCACCAUGGAGAAUGAGAAACCAUCGCCCUGCGCCAGGACAGGUUCAGGGCGCCCGUGCACCAUCAGUGGCAGCGAGUGCCGGGGCGGCUGGCCGGGUCCCAACCACGGCAUCACCCGCUUUGACAACUUCGGCUUCUCCAUGCUCACUGUGUACCAGUGCAUCACCAUGGAGGGCUGGACGGACGUUCUUUACUGGGUCAACGAUGCCAUUGGGAAUGAGUGGCCGUGGAUCUAUUUUGUCACCCUGAUUCUGCUGGGGUCCUUCUUCAUCCUCAACCUCGUCCUGGGUGUCCUGAGCGGGGAGUUCACCAAGGAGCGGGAGAAGGCCAAGUCCAGGGGCACCUUCCAGAAGCUCCGGGAGAAGCAGCAGCUGGAGGAGGACCUCCGGGGCUACCUGAGCUGGAUCACGCAGGGCGAGGUCAUGGACGCCGAGGACCUGAGGGAAGGCAGGCUGUCUUUGGAUGAAGGCGGUUCUGACACGGAGAGCCUGUAUGAAAUCGAGGGCUUGAACAAAAUCGUCCAGUUUGUCCGACACUGGAGGCGGUGGAACCGCGUCUUUCGCUGGAAGUGCCAUGAGGUGGUGAAGUCCAGGGUCUUCUAUUGGCUGGUGAUCCUGAUUGUCGCCCUCAACACCCUGUCCAUCGCCUCAGAGCACCACAGCCAGCCUCUCUGGCUGACCCAUUUGCAAGACGUCGCCAACCGCGUGCUGCUGUCCCUCUUCACCGUCGAGAUGCUGAUGAAGAUGUACGGGCUGGGCCUGCGUCAGUACUUCAUGUCCAUCUUCAACCGCUUCGACUGCUUCGUGGUGUGCAGUGGCAUUCUGGAGAUCCUCCUGGUGGAAUCGGGUGCCAUGACCCCCCUGGGCAUCUCCGUGCUGCGCUGCGUCCGCCUCCUGAGGAUCUUCAAGGUCACCAAGCACUGGACGUCGCUGAGCAACCUGGUGGCAUCCCUGCUCAACUCCGUCCGCUCCAUCGCCUCCUUGCUGCUGCUGCUCUUCCUCUUCAUCGUCAUCUCCGCCCUGCUGGGCAUGCAGCUCUUUGGGGGCAGGUACGACUUCGAGGACACGGAGGUGCGGCGCAGCAACUUCGACAGCUUCCCACAGGCUCUCAUCAGCGUCUUCCAGGUUCUGACGGGUGAGGACUGGAACUCUGUGAUGUAUGACGGGAUCAUGGCCUACGGCGGUCCGUCCUACCCCGGCAUGCUUGUGUGCAUUUAUUUCAUCAUCCUUUUCGUCUGUGGCAACUACAUCCUGCUCAACGUCUUCCUGGCCAUCGCUGUGGACAACCUAGCCGAGGCGGAGAGCCUGACCUCUGCCCAGAAGGCCAAGGCUGAGGAGCGAAAGCGCAGGAAGAUGUCCAGGGGCCUUCCAGACAAGCCAGAGGAGGAGAAGUCCAUGAUGGCCAAGAAACUGGAACAGAAACCCAAGGGGGAGGGUAUCCCCACCACCGCCAAGCUGAAAAUAGAUGAGUUUGAAUCGAGUGUCAAUGAGGUGAAGGACCCCUACCCCUCGGCUGACUUCCCAGGGGAUGAUGAAGAAGAUGAGCCAGAGAUCCCGGUGAGCCCCCGCCCGCGCCCCCUGGCUGAGCUGCAGCUGAAAGAGAAGGCGGUGCCCAUUCCAGAUGCCAGCUCCUUCUUCAUCUUCAGCCCCACCAACAAGAUCCGUGUCCUGUGUCAUCGCAUUGUCAAUGCCACGUGGUUCACCAACUUCAUCCUGCUCUUCAUCCUGCUCAGCAGUGCCGCCCUGGCUGCCGAGGACCCCAUCCGGGCAGAGUCCAUGAGGAAUCAGAUCCUUGGGUAUUUUGACAUCGCUUUCACCUCUGUCUUCACUGUGGAGAUUGUCCUCAAGAUGACCACCUACGGUGCCUUCCUGCACAAGGGCUCCUUCUGCCGCAACUACUUCAACAUCCUGGACCUGCUGGUGGUGGCCGUGUCCCUCAUCUCCAUGGGACUUGAGUCCAGCACCAUCUCCGUGGUGAAGAUCCUCAGGGUGCUGAGGGUGCUCCGACCCCUCCGGGCCAUCAACAGGGCCAAAGGGCUGAAGCACGUGGUGCAGUGUGUGUUCGUGGCCAUCCGCACCAUCGGCAACAUCGUCCUGGUCACCACUCUCCUGCAGUUCAUGUUCGCCUGCAUCGGCGUCCAGCUCUUCAAGGGGAAGUUCUUCAGCUGCAAUGACGAGUCCAAGAUGACAGAAAAGGAGUGCAGGGGCUAUUACUAUGUGUACAAGGACGGGGACCCCACGCAGAUGGAGCUGCGUCCCCGCCAGUGGGUGCACAACGACUUCCACUUCGACAACGUGCUCUCAGCCAUGAUGUCGCUCUUCACUGUCUCCACCUUCGAGGGAUGGCCCCAGCUACUGUACAAGGCCAUAGACGCCUACGAGGAGGACACGGGCCCCGUCUACAACCACCGCGUGGAGAUGGCCGUCUUCUUCAUCACCUACCUCAUCCUCAUCGCCUUCUUCAUGAUGAACAUCUUCGUGGGCUUCGUCAUCGUCACCUUCCAGGAACAGGGCGAGACCGAGUACAAGAACUGCGAGCUGGACAAGAACCAGCGCCAGUGUGUGCAGUAUGCUCUCAAGGCCCGCCCACUGCGGUGCUACAUCCCCAAGAACCCAUACCAGUACCAGGUGUGGUACGUCGUCACCUCCUCCUACUUUGAGUACCUGAUGUUCGCCCUCAUCAUGCUCAACACCAUCUGCCUGGGCAUGCAGCACUACAACCAGUCAGAGGAGAUGAACCACAUCUCAGACAUCCUCAACGUGGCCUUCACCCUCAUCUUCACCCUGGAGAUGAUCCUGAAGCUCAUGGCGUUCAAGGCCAGGGGGUAUUUUGGAGACCCCUGGAAUGUGUUUGACUUCUUGAUUGUCAUCGGCAGCAUCAUCGACGUCAUCCUCAGCGAGAUCGACACUUUCCUGGCCUCCAGCGGGGGACUGUAUUGCCUGGGUGGAGGCUGCGGGAACGUUGACCCAGACGAGAGCGCCCGCAUCUCCAGCGCCUUCUUCCGCCUGUUCCGGGUCAUGAGGCUGAUCAAGCUGCUGAGCCGGGCAGAGGGUGUGCGCACCCUGCUGUGGACAUUCAUCAAGUCCUUCCAGGCUCUGCCUUAUGUGGCUCUGCUCAUCGUCAUGCUGUUCUUCAUCUACGCGGUCAUCGGCAUGCAGAUGUUUGGAAAGAUCGCCUUGGUGGAUGGGACCCAAAUAAACCGAAACAACAACUUCCAGACCUUCCCGCAAGCUGUGCUGCUUCUCUUCAGGUGUGCAACAGGUGAGGCGUGGCAGGAGAUCCUGCUGGCCUGCAGCUACGGCAAGCUGUGCGACCCUGAGUCCGAUUACGCCCCAGGCGAGGAGCAUACGUGCGGCACCAACUUCGCCUAUUACUACUUCAUCAGCUUCUACAUGCUCUGUGCCUUCCUGAUCAUCAACCUCUUUGUGGCCGUCAUCAUGGACAACUUUGACUACCUCACUCGGGACUGGUCCAUCCUCGGCCCUCAUCACCUGGACGAGUUCAAGGCCAUCUGGGCAGAGUAUGACCCAGAGGCUAAGGGCAGAAUCAAACACCUAGACGUGGUGACCCUGCUGAGAAGGAUCCAGCCCCCGCUGGGCUUCGGGAAGUUCUGCCCACACCGGGUAGCCUGUAAGCGGCUGGUGGGCAUGAACAUGCCCCUGAACAGUGAUGGCACGGUCACCUUCAAUGCCACUCUCUUCGCCCUGGUACGCACGGCACUCAAGAUCAAGACGGAAGGUAACUUUGAGCAGGCCAAUGAGGAGCUGAGGGCCAUCAUCAAGAAAAUCUGGAAGAGAACCAGCAUGAAGCUCCUGGACCAGGUCAUCCCUCCGAUAGGAGAUGACGAAGUGACUGUAGGCAAGUUCUACGCCACGUUUCUCAUCCAGGAGCACUUCCGGAAGUUCAUGAAGCGCCAGGAGGAGUAUUAUGGGUAUCGGCCCAAGAAGGACACGGUGCAGAUCCAGGCUGGACUGCGGACCAUUGAGGAGGAGGCUGCUCCUGAGAUCCACCGAACCAUCUCGGGGGACCUGAUAGCUGAAGAGGAGCUGGAGAGAGCCAUGGUGGAGGCUGCAAUGGAGGAAGGGAUAUUUCGGAGGACUGGAGGCCUCUUUGGCCAGGUGGACAGCUUCCUGGAAAGGACCAACUCCCUGCCCCCCGUCAUGGCCAACCAGAGACCCCUCCAGUUUGCUGAGAUAGAGAUGGAGGAGAUGGAAUCACCUGUGUUCCUGGAGGACUCCCCUCGAGCUCCAAACCCCAACCUUCUUGCUCGUGCCAAUACUAAUAAUGCCAAUGCCAACGUUGCCUCCAGUAACCAUAGCAACAGCCAGGUGCUCUCCAGCGUCCACCAUGAAAGGGCAUUCCCUGGAGCGACAGGGGCACCUGCCGCCGGACGAGGAGCCUUCAGCCAACCAACGGCAGCCUUGGGACCCCCCGGCCAACCCUGGGUGGAGAAGCCAGGACAGCUGAGCCAGAGAGCAGUGCCCAGAGCUGGGUCCCCCCCUGCCCCCUGCCAGCGUGCCAUGGCGGAGCCUCCCCUGCCUGGGAGCUGGACCCCCACUCCAGGGCCUCUGCCUGAGGGAAUGGCCCACCGCAGCAGGACCCAGGAGAGCCCUUCUGGCUGCCAGACCCCAGUCACGGCCCUGCUCAUCCAGGAGGCUCUGGUCCAAGGAGGCCCGGACACCUGGGCAACUGAUGCGGACUUCGUCAUGGCAACAGGCCAGGCCCUGGCUGAUGCCUGCUGGAUGGAGCCGGAGGAAGUGGAGGUGGUAGCAACCGAGAUGCAGAGAAGACAGGAGUCCCCGGGAGGCGUGGCCAGCGCCCUGGGCUGUCCGAGCCUCGGGUCUUCUCUGCGCAGCCUCGGCCAGAAGCAGGGCUCCCAGGAGGCCCUUCUCCCCACCAGGCUGUGAGCAAGACCAGCUGGGGCAGAGGGUCAGCUUAGCGCAGCGCCCUGUCUGUCCCCAGCCAAAGGAUGGGCUGAGUAGGGUGGUCAGGAACCACCGCAGGAAGUCAGAAGGAGGUAAAUUCCUGGCUCGUUGCCUCAAGAGCAAGGGGCAUGAUCAGAUGGAGCGUCUGUCACUCACUAGGCUGGUCAGUGCCCGUGUAGUCCGGCCUCGGCUCCUCCAUCAGCUGGGCAUUAAAGUCUCUGGGCCUAGGA